AUGUUCAGAAUAGACUGGAAAAAAGAAUCGACAACACCAAAGCAAUUUGUUAAAGUUGAUGACGAUUUAUUAAGUAGUCAACCGUAUAUACACAUAUCUAGUGUAAAUGGUGAAAAAUAUCUAUGUACAUUACCAACAAUUUUUACAAAGACUAAGAAAGAUGAUAAAACUUAUACGGGAUUAUCACCAGCUCAACUUAUACAGUCGCUUUAUGAUAAUCGAAUAUGCUCAUAUUGGUUAGAUUUAUAUUGGACGUACGAAUUGUGUCAUGGCCGUUACAUUAUGCAGUUCCAUGAAGAUAGGGAAGCACGUAAUGCAAGAACUGAAUAUUAUUUAGGAAAUUAUGGCCGUGAGCAGUCCAAGUUGGAUGAGAAAAGUUUUGACGAAUUCAAUCCGCCGAGACACAAAAUUAACUACGAAGAUCAUUCAUAUUAUCCUGUUACUUACAGGCAAGGAACUGUUUGUGAUUUAACUGGCAAACCAAGAACAACGACUGUCAUGUACAUGUGCAAAUUGGAUGCUAAGGAUCAAAUAUAUUCAUUUUCUGAAACAGCAUCUUGUACAUAUGAAAUGGUUGUACACACCAAGCAUCUAUGUUCUCACCCUUCCUUUCAACCGUUGCCUACGGACGAUCACGAGAUAGUUUGCUAUUCGAAAGAUCCUUUUCAAGAAAAUGCUAAACCGAAGCAGCUCCUUAUAUCUGAAAAAGAAGAUCAGACUGCCCUAGAAAAGGAAUACAGAUCAUCUUUGCAAUUAAAAGUUCCUGCAUCGAAUAUCUAUUUUAAAAAAAGUCGGCAUAUUGAUGACAUUGACGACGAAAACGAUGAACGUGGUAGUAAUUUGGAUACUUCAGUCACAGCACACAAGCAGAAAUUUUCAAGUUUGGAGGAUGAACAAAAUGGCUAUUCGAUAGCUUCUUCAAGUAAAGUCGACCCAGACCAGUUAUUGGAGGAAACUAGAUAUUUGUUAAGUGGGAAGCAGUGUUUGUAUAGUAGAGGAACUGGAUGGUGGAAAUACGAAUUUUGCUUUGGAAAAAGCAUAAUUCAAUUCCAUGAUAAUCCAGGAGGUAAACGAUCUGAAAUCCUAUUGGGUCUUUUCAAUUUGGAUAUACAUAAACAUUGGAUUGAUGACAAUCCGCAGAAAAAACCAUUGAGGAUUGAUGGUCGGGUAACUCAGGUUUCAUAUAUGUAUGCUGGUGGUGCAGCUUGUAAAGAAGCUAAUAUCCACAGGAGUGUUGAAGUACGUGUUCGAUGUCGAACUUCAAGUGGUAGUCAAACAGCAGUAACGAUUUAUUUAUUGGAGCCUUAUAAGUGCCAGUACAUUUUAGGGGUUGAAUCAGCUCGUUUUUGUGAUUUAUUGCAAACUGUCGAUCAGUAUGGGUUGAUCCAGUUACCAGAAACCUCCGAUAAUAAUGCAGUGUAA